GCGUCACAAUUUCAUACAUUUUGCAGAUAACAGUUGUUCUUAGUUGCUAUAAUUUUUAAUUAAAAAUGCCCAGAUACUACGCUAUCGACUGCGAGAUGGUUCAGAAUAACCUAAACCAGAGCAUGGUCGCCAGAGUAUCCCUUGUCGACGAAGAUUUAAAUAUAGUUAUGGACGAAUAUGUGAAACCUACUCAUCCUGUAUCAGACUACCGGACCUGGAUAUCUGGAAUACAGCCUGGUUAUGAACGGGACGCUAAACCGAAGAGUGAUGUUAUAAAUCGUUUGGGGAAUAAUGUCAAUGGGCACGUGCUUGUGGGGUUUGACAUUCAGAAAGACAUGGAUGCUUUGGGAAUAACUUACCCGAAUGUAAAGGACGUAGCGACAUACGGUCCUUUCCUAAAAUAUGGCCAAAAACAGUCGCUUAAGACUUUAGCCUAUCAAGAGCUUGGUAUAAACAUACAAAACGGAUCUCACGACUCCGUUGAAGAUGCGCGAGCUGUCAUGAGGAUCUACAAGAAACAUCGCUUUUAAGUGUCUUACUAAAUGCAAAUCUAACUUUUCAUUUUUAAGUACAAUUUAAGUAAUAUUUGGUAAAAUAUUCAGAAAAUAAAUGCAUUU